UACGGCUGCUGCCGUUUUCGGUCUCUGACGACACACACAAGUUUGCUAGCAGACAUUUUUUUUCUCCGGCGCCGACGAGUCCGACGAAGAAGACGAAGAGGAAGGGGAGCCAUGUGCGGCGGCGCGAUCCUCACCGACCUGAAGAGGCCCCCCGCGGUGUCGCGGAGGCUGGCGGAGGGGUUGCUGUGGCCUGAGAAGAAGAAGGUCUGCUGGAAGGGGGAGGAGGAUGACUUCGAGGCCGACUUCGGCGGGUUCGAGGUUGUGGAUGAGGACUUGGAGUUCGGGGGUGAGGAGGAGGAGGCUGGAGACGACGAUGUCGUCGAGAUCAAGCCGCCCCCCGUCAAGAGGGCCUUCACCGGAGAUGACUUAAGCACCAUGACUAGUGCUGCUUUUGAUGGUCCUGCAGAAAGGUCAGCAAAAAGGAAGAGGAAGAACCAAUUUAGGGGUAUCCGCCAGCGCCCCUGGGGUAAGUGGGCUGCUGAAAUCAGAGAUCCUAACAAAGGUGUCCGUGUCUGGCUCGGUACUUUCAACAGUGCUGAAGAAGCAGCAAGAGCUUAUGAUGCUGAAGCACGCAGGAUCCGUGGCAACAAGGCCAAGGUUAACUUUCCAGAGGAACCAAGAGCUGCUCAGAAGCGCCGUGCUGGCCCUGCUGCUGCUAAAGUGCCCAAGUCAAGGGUGGAACAGAAACCUAAUGUCAAACCAGCAGUCAACAACCUUGCCAACACAAAUGCAUCUGCGUACCCAUCUGCUGACUUUGCCUCAAACAAGCCGUUUGUUCAGCCUGAUAACAAGCCAUUUGUUCAGUCUGAUGACCUGUCAUUUUUUCAGCCUGAUGACCUGCCAUUUGUUCAGCCCGAUGACAUGCCAUUUGUUCCUGCAAUGAACUCUGCUGUCCCUAUCGGGGCUCCUUGUAUGAAUCUGUACUCUGACCAGGGAAGCAACUCCUUUGGCUGCUCAGACUUGGGCUGGGAUUGUGACACCAAGACUCCAGAUACAACGUCCGUUGCUCCCAUCUCUACCAUUGUUGAAGGUUUUGAAUAUGCGGUUGUGAAGGGUAACACUCAGGACUCAGUGGUGCCCCCUGUUAUGGAGACCAAUACUGUUGAUCACACCAAUGUGCUGGAGACCAAUCCUGUUGAUCCUACCAGUGGGCUGGCUGAUUUGGAACCUUUGUUGAAGUUUCUUCUGGAGGAGGAUGCGGGUGAGUCGAUUGAUAGCUUUCUGAACCUUGAUGAAUCUCAGGAUGUCAACGGACUUUGGAGCUUUGAUGACCUCAUCUCCAGCGAUUUCUAUUGAUGAAUGUGGAGCCUGUACAUAGGGAGAAAGGGAAUAGGACUUAUGGGAGAUUGGGAAGCACCAUCUUGUCACCUUGGGGCAGCAUAUGCGUAUGCCUGUCUUAGAUGCAAAAAAGUUGCAUCCUGAGACUUUUUUUGGGUAAUUGACCUGUUCCCUAUUGUAUGGCAGCGAUUUAUGAGACUGAAGAACCGCUCUAUCUUUUUCUUUUCUGUCGUUGAUACCAUCAUCUGACAGCGAACAACAUGAAUCUGUGUACAAUGUGUCUUAAUCUGUGUACUUGGUUGCUCUUCCCUUCAAUUGUGGGAAUUCUAUUAUCCUUAUGUCUUGAU